UACCUGGACACCACCUGGGCCUGCAUUCGCUUGCACCCCUGUCCUGUCUGUGCCCAUUAUCUCGACCGGGAAGACAGAAGAACGACGUUGAAGCCCGUUCUCCUGCUCUCUCUAAAUCAACGACGAUGCAGCACAUGUUACUGUGACCCUUUCCCUGCCUCUCCGCCUAACGACCGCUUCUCGACCCUCGGCCAGCUCUACUCCGUACCUCCAGACGAGUGGCCAAUCACCACCGGGUCAUCGUCAACCUCUGCACACCCAUUCGCAUACGCGCAAAUCGCAAUCACACGAGCACGCUGGCGACGACGGCUGCAGCAAUGUCCGGCUCGGCCUCCAGCGGCGAGGGAUCCAACAAUCGGUCAAUGCAGUCGCGGACCGGGCGGAGCAAACAACGGUACAACGCACAAGGAGAACGACUUGUCGCCGGCGUCGUGCCGCUCAGCGAAGAUCGCAAUCGUGUCAUCCUAAUUCAGUCCACCCGGCGCAAGGGUUGGGUAUUGCCCAAGGGAGGGUGGGAGUCGGAUGAAUCGUGCGAGGAGUCUGCGGUGAGGGAAGCCUGGGAAGAGGCUGGCAUCACGGUCAACAUUGAACAUGACCUGGGCAACUUUGAGGAGAAGCGGCCGCCCAAGACGUCCAAGGACCGGUCUCGCUACUACUUUUUCCAGGGCACCGUGCUGGACCAGCUUGACAAUUGGCCGGAAAAGGACAAACGAGAGCGCGGGUGGUUCACGUAUACACAGGCAAUUGAGGUCCUCGUCAACAGGCCUGAACUCCAGGAAGCUUUGAAUCGCUCCUCGAUGAACAGGACAUGAGCAGCCGCCU